AGGAGACACUUGCUAACAGCGGCCCACUGUUUCUAUCACUCUAGUGAUCUGCCAGUUGUGGUGCGUCCAGGUGGUUUCGACCUUAAUAGCACCACAGCGAUUGAUUAUGAUAUCGACCAGAUUAUUGAACAUCCCAACUACAUAUAUCCUGGUCUAUAUAAUGACAUAGCAAUCGUUCGUAUGGCGAAAGUAUUUCUGUGAGUGCAUUUAUAGACAUUUU